GCGGAACGGGGAAGGAGGAAGAGGAGACAGUAGGAGAGACUUAGGGAAAUCUCGCGAGAAGAUAACAGGUCGCCUGGGUAACCGCGACACAUUUGCUGAAGAUGGAGGCCUGGAAGGUUAGGGCAAAGCUGGACGCUGAGGCCGCAGACUCCUGGAGGUGUGACUCCAACGAGACCCCGCUGCUGCUAAGAGACUUUCAAAACAGGGAGGAAGAGUAUCUACGCUUAAAUGCAGAACUUGAAAAAAAAACAGCUGCAUUAGUUCGUCAAGCAGAAGACGCAAUAAGAGAUCAAAAUGAGAUACUGUCCAAAGUAGUUUCAUCUCCAGCUAAACCUUAUGAGAAGAAUGAAGAUGUUACCAAAGAUCAUUUGUCUUUUGAUGGGCCCGCUUUCUCUCUUUCAAAUAGUAAGAACCUAAAGAUUAAAAAAUCUGAUUCUAUAACUGAUCUUCAGAACAAGCCUAAAUCUGGUAAUAAAGGAAAGAAAAAAACUUCAAGUGUAAAAUUGAAACAUGCAAAUAUGCAACUUUCCACUGAUGUUGCUGUCCCAGAGGACUUCACAGACUUUUCACUUAAAAGCACAAUUCAUAGAAUUGAAGGAAAAUUAGAUGAAGGAGAUUUACUUGUUGACAUAGAUGAGGAUGUUUUCCAUGGUCUCAGUGAAGGCAUUGGUACAGAGGCCCAGAUCAGAUUUCUAAAGGCAAAGCUCCGGGUCAUGCAGGAGGAACUGGAUAGUCUUGUAUAUGAUUGCAAUAAAAAGGAGGAUGAAACAAGAAAUUUAAAAGCCUCUCUUAAAGAUAUCAAUGAAGAACGUGUUAGAAUGGAACGAACAAUAAAUAUUCAACAAUCUCAGAUUGAAAAAUAUAAAAUGCUUUCAGAGGAAUUAAACAAAAAAUGUGAUGGACUUCAGCAACAGCUAACUGCAGUUGAGAAGGAAUUAGAUAACAGAAGGAAACUACAAAAACAGGCUUCAUCCAGUCAAAGUGCCAUAGAAGUUCGCUUGAAUAGAGCUCUUGAAGAUGUAGAAAAGUAUAAACUGGAGUUAAGUAAAUUAAAGCAGAGUAACAAGGACUUAGCAAAUGAAGAACACAAGAAAAUUGAAGAAUUAAAAGCAGAAAACAAGAAGCUGGAAAAACAAAAAGGAGAGUUAAUGUCAGGUUUCAAAAAACAGAUGAAAUUAAUUGAUAUUCUGAAAAGACAAAAGAUGCACAUUGAAGCGGCUAAGAUGCUAUCUUUCAGUGAAGAAGAAUUUAUGAAGGCACUUGAAUGGGGGAAUAAAUAAAUUUGAUAUAACCUCAAAUAAUUCCACCAAAAAAUUCCCCCUACAAGAAAAUUCUGUUUCUGAUCAAUUAGAAUUGUCUGAUUUUAUUUGUAAGUUUGAAUAUUAAAAUAUUUCUAAUUAUCCAGUAGAUUGGGGGGAGGUGUGCAAAAGCUGCAUAAUUCACAUAGAAAAAAAUUAUGGUUUCUGAUAUAUAGAGGAAAAUCUAAAGUUCCCUUGUAUUUUGAUUAUUUGAUUAUUUAAUACAAUAUUUAUAUAGCAUAGAAAAGAUUUAUCACUGCGAAAUAUACCUUAAGGAUUGAUAAAAGAGAUGCAGAGAUAUUAUAGGCACAUUCAUUCAUUGUGAUAUUUUCAACAAUUAAAGGUACUAGUAAUAGUUUUCUUUCAAUAUUUUGAUUUUGAAUGAAUUUAAAAUUGAAUUUAAAAAUGAAUAUUUUUAAAUCAUAGUAAUUACCAGUAAGUUCAGCAAUACUUCCUAAACUGGUCUAUCUGCAAACUUAUGCACUUAUUUGAAUUCCCAAGUUAUUUUAAUAUCUCAAUAAAAAUACAAAUUUCAUGUUUAUGUAAUGGGGAGAACAGUCUGAUGAGUGCUACAAGUCGACUUGAUCAUUUUAUAGAGCACAGGCCUCUGUUAGAAGAAAGCAUCUUCCAUAACCCCUUAGUGAAAAGACAGCAGGAGCUUCAUGGAUUGGUCCUCAGUGACUUGAUGGUUGUCUAAGGUCCAGAAGGAUGGGCUUCUUCACAGGCUUCUUCCUGUGGUCUCUAAGAGUGAGCCAAAGACUGGCCCACCUUGAAUUCCCUUUUUCAUGCAAUUUCUCACCUUGGAAUAAUAGACCAGAAUUUAGUAGAAGAGGGGGCUCCUCUCCCCUCCCUACCCCCAGCCCCAUUUUUCCCCUCUCCCCAGCAGUGUCAACUCAUAGCAGAAGAGCAUGGCAAUGAGAGAAGGCAGCCUGAGAGGGGAGAUUCCCGAAUGCCUCCCUCCCUCCCUCAAGGAGGAUUUUUAAUUCCCUAGGCAAAAUGGAGAGAAAGGAGAUUUCCUGAGAAGCAACAGGUUUGACAGGUGUGUUUUGAGUUGCAGGGAUAGUGUAGGUUUGAGGUGAAUGUGGUGUAUUUGUUUAUUGAAAAGCCUAUCUAUCUUUUCCAUCUCUUCUGUUUGUUUCUUAAUGUUUUAUGCUUCUUGGGUCUGCCCCUGUUGGUUUUUUUUUGCCACGGGCAUUUUCUGGGAUGGGUUAAAUAAAAGCUGCUUAGUACCCUCUA